AAUUUUAAAUGAAAGACAAAAACAAUGAUUCGGAAGAAUCUCCAGAUCAUAAAUGGUGAAAACAAGAAGCUGAUGCUAUGGGAAUUACAGGAGAUGUAAUUAGGAAAGUUCAGACCAAAGUUGAUGAGAGAAUUGAAGAUAUUUUGUUGCAGAAAUAAACUUACACCUUACUCGGCUGCUAGAACAGUCCAGACACUGGUCUUUCUUUCUCACACACAAACCAUGCUUCCAGAUAGACGCUACGACGAUCAUCUCAUCACCUCCUCACCAGAGCCUAAGCCUUCUGGCUGGGAUCAACACUCUGGCUUACUCCCUAAGCCCCAUAGAAUGCCUUAUGUUAAACAGGCAACCAAGAUAAAGAGUUUGAAGAAAAUGAAGACAUCAAGUCAAAGAUCAACAACCAAAAGACCUAGCAACGCAUUUCAAUAAAACUAACUGCCCAGAUCAUGGCCAUAAACAGCGUUAAAUACAAGCGUGAACAAUUCCUUAACGUGACUAGACCAGAGUAUAAGCUAGAAAAAUUACAGAAGAGUGAUCCAGAACCAGAAGAGAACGAGCAUUUUAAAAGAAUCUUCAGACACAAGAAGAACGAGGAAGACAAAGAGAAGGAAGAUAAUAUUAAGAAGAAUGAAGCUGCUGUAAAGGAAAAUAACCCGAAGAAUUUUAUCAUCUAUGAUAACGGCACAUAUUUUAAGCAAAAGAAAAUAAACUUAGAAAAAUGCCCUAAAUUGAUAGGAGAUUCAGCCAAUUCGAAGUUAAAUGAAGGAGAAAAGGUGCAUAAAACCUUCCUUUCCUCCAUGAAAUUUGAAUACUUUGAUAUUGACAAAGAUCGUGAUGUUAAAUUAUCACUAAAUGAUGAUGCCUCGAGUACGAUGUCUAAGCAUCAUAAGGCUCAGACACAGAUUGAUUUCACGAAGGAAACCAUUAAUGAGCAGAAGCAGACAAUUCUUGAUAUCUCUCCUACCUAUGGAGUUUGAGUUGACAUAAUCCAUGCAAAAACUCCUAAGAAUAAAGCAACAUUAAUCAAGAAUCCUCGAUAUAAGAUGAAAGGCAAGAAGUAUGUAGAUAAGCCAUUCAUGAAGCGAAAAAUGACUCGAGAAGAGUACCAAGAUAUAAGAAAGAAACAGAGCUAUUCCCUGACCAAUAAAUAGAGACUUUACAGCUUUAAGAAAAUGAACUAACCGAGACCCAACCUCGCAGCAAAAAUCCAGGAAUAAUAGCCAAACAGUAUACUUUCGUAACUCUGGAGUCUCUAGAUCAGGUAGUAACAAUAUACAGAGAAUCUCAUCCAAAACUGGGUUCAAGCCAAGGACCAGCAGUGGAGGACGAGCCAAAGAGCAAUCCUCUAUUUCUCCUAAGAACCAAGACCGGAUUACAAAAGCAAUGACUCUACUAACAGAUAAACACAAAAACGACCACCUUGAAUACCUCCAAGAGUUUGGUGGGAACACAAUUUUCAGCCAAAAAAUCGUGAAUAGUCCUUCCCAAGUGACUUCUCAAUAUGUGAAUUACAACAGAAGUAGAGGUCACUCUUACAAUAGAACUGUAGGGUCAAAAGAUAGCAUGUUUCCGAAGGGAAAUUAUAGAACACACAUUAAUGGACAAAAUACUGAAGGAUUAUUCAAUAAAUCAGCCAAUGCAGUGUUCAAUGUCUCCAAAGUACACAAAAAUCUGAAUAAAUCGACUGGCUUUCAUCCUUCUCAAAAGCACUCAAAGCCUAAAUUUAUGAUUGCUCAGAGAAAAAUUUACACAUCUGGGACACAGAAGAAAAAUUCAAUUGUGAAUACACCCUUCAGUCACAAUCGCCGGAGGAUAGCUGGGCAAAGGCUCAUCAACAAGUGGGACAAAGAAAAGGUGAUAUCUCCUCCACCUCCAUUAGGCCAGACAAUGGGUCAUGGGAUAAUGAACUUAAGAAAUCCUAAACCUCCAAUCCAGGAUAUUCUUAAAAACAUAGGUGAAAUUGAAAGCAUCCCCUCCUCAUCAGCAGUUAAGAAGGGAUCCAAAAAUGCACAAAAUAUAUUUGCUAAUUCAAUUUAUUAA